CAGCGCGCACUGAUCGCUAUCGAGAGAAAGUAGCCCCAAGCAAUUACAAGGUGUGACUUUUUGGACUACAAGGGUUUUGUUAUGCUAAUAAAUCACUCAUUCGAACACGAGCUGUUUUGAGAAGAAAAACGUGUUACUUUGCAGACCCCAGGAAACCUGCCGGAACUACUUGUGCACUGACCAACACUGUACAAUAUCUAGGCUCACAGAACACUGUCGGGGUUAUCCUGGGGAGUGAAGAUCAGGAAGAAGCUGAAGGCCAUGGCUCCGUUUCUUGGCAGAUUCAGGCCGCUGGUGGGACAGUGCUGCCAUCAGUGCACCCCGGAGAGUCUGGAUCGGAAACUGCUCCAGAACACUCCUUCACUCAGCUUCCAGAACCUUCUGUAUGUGAAGGAAACGCACACCAGGUACCGAGGAUGGCUGGUAAGAAGAGUUUGUUGUGUGCUGUUUAUCUGCAGUCGUAAAGUCGACUGCGGUGCUGUUGGAGACCGACUGCUUCGGAUCUGCAGCACUGACAGGGUGAAGCGGGUCCUGACUUCACAGAGCAGUGUGAAAGAGUGUGGAGAAGAUACCCGAGGGAUUCUGGCUCUCACGGAAACAUUUCAAUCUCCAACCCUGAUUAGGUUUGUGGGCUGGUUGCUCUUGCGCUUCUUUGCUCUGAUGUUCUGCAGCGUGCAGGUGAACCUCAGCCAGAUGGCUGCUCUCCAUCGAGCCACACAGCUGAACAUCCCGCUGGUGUAUGUGUAUAUUCGUCAGGGUGCUGUUGAUCAGGCUUUGAUCUCUCUGACCCUUCUCUGCCACAACCUGAAAGUUCCCUACAGCGUCUCUCCAACUCGAGUUCACAGCAGCUGGAUGAGGGUCUUCCUGCAGAAACUGGGCAUCAUUUUUCAACCUGAUCACGCAGUCACGGAACAGGAGGCAGAAACCCACAGCCUGUACUCUUCCGUCAUGACCUCGCUGGUUGGCGAGCUGCUGAUGGCAGGUGAGAGUCUCAGCGUGGGUGUGUGUGAGGAGAGUGGAUGUGGAGGUCAGUGGCUGGCACGGAUUCGUCAGGCUGUAGCUGAGGGCCUGGUGCCGGAUGUGAGUGUGGUGUCAGUGGGAAUCUCUUACGACUGUCCUUCUUCAUGCCAGUCCACAUACCUUCAGCCUGGCGUGCUGUCUGUACUGCGGUUUGUGCUUUCCCUUCUGAGUGCUGAUGAAAGAGGAGGUGUGAGGAUCCAUUUCGCUCAGGCUUUCUCUCUGAAGGAGAUGUGUGACAGUGGGAAAUGUCGUGUGGAUGGACGACGCCCCCUGCAGGACCUCCUGCUGCCAGCUGUCAUUCACAACAGGAAGGAGACCAUAUUUGGGCAAAAAGAUGUUUCCUGGAUCCUUCCCUCCACUUUUCUGCCUGAACUGUCCCACAGUGAGAGACAGCUGAGCACUGCUUUGACACUGCAUCUGAUGCAUUCGGUGACCAGCAGCAUGGCCGUGAUGUCUACCAGCAUCGUGUCCUGUUUGCUCCUCCAUAAACACCGCAGGGGGGUGCGUGUGUCUGUGCUGUGUAGAGAUUUGUGUUGGCUGUUGGAGGAGGUGUUAUUCAGGCGCUUUGAUGUUGGUUUUGGAGGCUCUGUGCUCAGUGUGGUGUUCCAUGCUCUUUCUGUGUUGCGUCCCCACCUCCUGAUGGUCGCAGCACCCCCUUCAGGAGAGCCGCUGGUGACGGCUCGGCCUGAUCCACACACCCUGCUCACCCUCGGCCAGCACAGCCAGCUGCUCACACGUGUAUUCAUCACUGAGACUGUGGGAGCCUGUGCUGUCUCUGCCUUGCUGUGUAAGGUGGCAGGAUGUGGAGGAGGAGAGAUGGAGUUUGAUGUUGCACUUGGUCAAGAGGAGCUGACUGAAAAAAGCCUACAGCUUACACAUCUCCUGCCAGCUGGGUAUAUACCGCCAUGCCAAACAGCAUACAGUUUUGCUCUGGAUGCAGUGGACAGCAUGGUACGCUGUGGGAUUCUCAUCAUGGAGGAGGUACAUCGGGAUACUCCAGUAUGUGAUUUCUGGAAAAGGCAGGGUGUUUUCUCAUGGACUGCUUCAGACGAUCCUGAACACAGCAGUGACUCAGAGUGUGAGGAACUGGACACACGCUCAUACAAGCUCAGUCAGCCGUCUCAGUGUCCCGAGCUGCUGUUCUUUCUCUGUAGUUUACUGAGUGUACAGCUGAGGGCGCUCUGCUGGGCUAUAGAGAGCCUGGACCUGCUGCCCUUUCCCCUCACAGAGGCGGCGUGUGUGACCCAACUCCAUGCUCACCUGAGAAACAAAGCUCAGCUGGACAAAGUGCACCACGAGAGCUCCUCGAUAAAGCUGGUGAGAAUGGCCCUGCGAACCCUGACUGAUUUUGGUGUACUGAUGGAGGACCAGAAGAGUGAGGCGGUGUACCUGGAGAUCAGUCCUCUUUUCCUCCAGGCUGAGAACAAACACAAACUCUUCCAGUUCAUCUCUCAGUUCCUCUGCAGCUGACUGAAGAGAAACGCACGCCUCGGCACUGCUUUAGGUUUAGUUACAAAAUAUCAGGCGUUCAGGUAAUCAGUAUGGAGAAAGAUUUGGAUUUGGGACUUUAAAGACUGUGUGUUCAUUUGGCUUUGUUCUUACUGUAAAUAUAGUCAGUCAGUCAGGUCCUGUUUGUUGUGGCUAGUUUUGCACUGCAGCUGUGAGAUUAAUGUCGCUUACAUAACAAGUAAAGCUUUGAAUUUAGAACGAGCGGUUAAACAUUCUUUAUUCGGUCAGAGCGUACAGUAUGACUGAACCAGGGAAGUGUGCGUGUGACGAUUUAAACAUUCAGUUUCUACAAAGCUAACAGUUUACCGAGCAUCGUAGCUCGAGUGCGAAACUGAGCUCCAUUUUGUGUGAAAAUGGUCAAAAAAUGUUAAAAGUGAAUACUGAUAGGAUUUUGAGUUGAUCAGAACUGUUAACCAGUAGAGGAUAUUGGUCAUUUUGUUUUCAGCUUAAUUAAUGAGUGUUUGAUAAUGUUGGAUUGUUAGUUUAGUUAACGAGUUGUUCUCUUGUGUUUUUUUUUUUUUUGAUAAAUCAUUGCUUUAUAAUGCUUUGUUUGAUUGUAGAAUCGAAUACAGGUUU